AUGGAAAACCUGCACAACGCAUCCUCUUCUCUAGUGCUGACUGGCUUUAAUCUCUCUUCGGAAAGUGUCGCUCCUGCUUUUCUUUUUGCGUCUUUGACCUACAUGGUCAUACUUUUCUGCAACCUCAUCCUAAUCCUCACCAUUCUCCUGAACCAAUCCCUGCAUCAGCCCAUGUAUCUAAUUCUGCUCAACCUGCCUAUCAACGACCUCAUAGGCUCCUCCGCGCUCUUUCCACAGGUCAUCAGAGAAAUACUCACUGACAGCAGGACGAUGCAAUACUCAGCUUGCAUUGCCCAAGCUUUUUUCAUCCACAUCUACGCAGGAGGCACAGUGUUUAUUCUGACUGCCAUGGCGUAUGACAGAUACAUUGCCAUAUGUUGCCCUUUGAAAUACAACACAGUUAUGACAAACGCUCACAUUAUGAGAAUAAUCACAACCGUGUGGCUGAGUUGUUUAGUUUUAAUAGGCGUGCUUUUUCUUCUGCUCUUGCGCUUACCCCGCUGUCGAUCUGAAAUGACGCACCCCUACUGCGAUAAUCCAUCUUUGCUGUCUCUGGUCUGUGCCAACACAACCAUCAACAACAUUUAUGGGCUUUUUACAGUCGCUCUUUCACAAGUGAUAGCUAAUGGGAUGAUUUUGUAUACAUAUCUCCAGAUCCUCGUUGCAUGCUUCAGGUCCAGACGAUCGGACACAAAAGCCAAAGCCCUGCAGACCUGUGCUACACAUCUGUUAGUUUUUCUCCUCUUGGAGUGCCUGGGGCUUUUCACCAUCAUAUCAUACAGAGUGAAGAACAUUUCACCACAUUUGAGGAGAUUCAUGGGGGUGUCGACGUUAAUUUUCCCCCCAACACUGAAUCCAAUCAUCUACGGACUGAAAACAAAAGAAAUUCGUGAAAAACUGAUCCUGAUUCUGAUUAAGAUUAAGAUUACUAAUAUUUUCCAUUAA